AUGCCCCCAUCGCCAAGUAUUCGUGCGGUGGACAUCACUGACAUCAAAUCCGUCGCCAACAUCAUUCCAACCUACACUGAAGCAGCGGAGGUUGUCGGAAUGAUAAUCCCUUCACGUGUGUCAUCAUUUCCUUUUGAUCUUGGUCUUGAAUUUCGUAUUCCGGUCGUCAAUGCGUCCUGCAUCGACCUUGUUGUGAAGCUCAAGAGUACCACAACUUACAAGGCCAUCACAACUGCCAUGAAGGAAGCCGAAGAGGGUCCGCUCAAGGGUAUCUUGUCUAUCCCUGAUAACGUUCUGGCGUCUACAAACUUGCUUGAGCGUACCGAGUCGGCCAUUUUCCAUCUUGGGUUUCAGUUCGCGGUCUCUGAUCGUUCCUUCAAGUUGGUCGCAUACUAUGCCAAUGAGUGGGCAUACUUGAAACGCGUAUGUGAUUUGCUUGCGUAUGUGGUCAAGAAGGAUGCGGAAAGUGUAUGGUACUAUUAGUGUGAACACGUAGAAUCGCUGUUAUUGAUAUUGCCUUGCAUAUUGGACAUAUCCUAAU